UGGCAGCCUUCUCUGUCAAUGUCCCCCUCUCCCCUUCAAACUCCCUUCCACAUCAAAAGACCAAUUUUCUACAAAGACUUUCGAAACUCUUUUGAAGUAGACCUUCAUUUCUUAACGCACAACAGAGAGACUAAUUUUCAGAAAUGGACAGGCAGAGAAGUUUCUCCUUCAAAUCCACAAGAUCCUUGGUAUUUUCUUUCACAAUCUCUUCUUUAUUCUUUCUCGUAUUUUUUACCAUCUGGGUGUCCAAAUCUACCCCUUCAAUUCUCCAAGAAACAAACUUUGAGCUCAACAAAACCUCCCUUGUAGCGAGUUUAAAACCACUUAGUGUACAGCCCUUCAGUGACUUGACUAUAAAUUCCUCAUCAUCUGACGUGAAAAGUUCAAUUUUUGUAGAUACCCAUUUUAGAGAACCUGAAAAUAUUUCUGGAUUUGCUAGCAUUUCAGUUAUUAAAAGAAAGGGCAACGAAUCUGAAACUAGUGAGAAAGACAGAGAUGGUGUAAAUGGUAGUUUUAGCACGGUACAAGAGAUUGCGCUGGUACCAGAAACUGCGAGUGUUGAAGAGAAGAAGAGUAGAUCAAUUUCAACGCAGAGAAUUGAAGUUCAGAGUAGUGAGAAUAUUGCAGAAGAGACUAGAGGAGCUGCUUCACAGGAAAAAAAUGAAGCUCCAAACAAGGAGGGGAUUCGAAAGAAGAAAAAAGGACCAAUUUCAGUGGCAAAUAUUAAGACUUCGAGGAAUGAAAGAAACAAAGAAAAGAGCAUGAGAGAGUGUGAUGUUACAAAAGGGAGGUGGAUCUAUGAUGAGAACUAUCCUCUCUACACAAAUAGUUCAUGUCCUUUCAUAGACGAGGGCUUUGAUUGUGUUGGCAAUGGGAGAUUGGAUAAAGAUUACAUGAAAUGGAGAUGGCAACCUCAAGACUGCAACAUCUCAAGAUUCAAUGCGACAAAAAUGCUGGAUUUGAUUAGAGGGAAGAGGCUAGUUUUUGUCGGCGAUUCAAUUAACAGGAACCAAUGGGAAUCCAUGCUGUGCAUGCUAAUGGGAGCUGUUAAAGAUCCUAAGAAGGUGUAUGAGACCCAUGGAAGGAGAAUCACCAAGGAGAAAGGGAAUUAUAGCUUCAAAUUUGUGGACUAUAAAUGUACAGUUGAGUACUAUGUGUCACAUUUCUUGGUUCAUGAGAGUAAAGCAAGGAUAGGGUCCAGGAGAGUGCAGACAUUACGAAUCGAUGCCAUUGAUCAUGGUUCAUCAAGAUGGAGAGGAGCUGACAUUUUGAUUUUUAACACUGCACAUUGGUGGUCUCACUUCAAAACAAAAGCUGGGAUCAACUACUACCAGGAAGGUAACCAAGUUCAUCCCCAGCUUGAUGUUUCUAUAGCUUUCAGAAGAGCUCUAAUGACCUGGGCAUCAUGGGUUGAUAGGCACAUUAAUCCGAGAAAGACUCGUGUUUUCUUUCGAAGCUCGGCGCCUUCUCAUUUCAGGGGCGGACAAUGGAAUUCAGGUGGGCAGUGUAUGGGUGCUACUCAACCCCUUAAUGAAACUUCAAGUACGGGCUAUUCUGAGAAGAAUUCCAUUGUUGAAGAGACCAUCAAGCACAUGAAAACUCCUGUAACUUUCUUGAAUAUAACUGGCUUCUCGGGCUUUAGGACAGAUGGUCAUCCAUCUAUAUAUGGAAAAAGACCUGGUAAGCGCUAUGCAUCGAGCAUCCAAGAUUGCAGCCAUUGGUGUCUUCCAGGUGUUCCAGAUACAUGGAACGAGUUUUUGUCCUCUCACUUGCUAUCUAAAAUAGGCUCUAAACAAGGGGAUACGUUUCAGUAGAAGUGAUUUGUACUUUUCAGCUUGUACAUUCUUUUCAUUCCUCGUAAUCUUUCAGGCAGGCAUGUGGGGAUUUUUUUUUAAAAUUUAAUUUUUGGGGGG